AUUUAUAUGGGUAGACACUGAAGUAGCAAUAUCACAUACUUCACCCAGAAAGAAAACAUACACAAUGAAGCCUAUUGCCUUCUCACUUUUUUUCCUUUCCAUUUUUCUUUUGAUUACUCUGUUUCUGAUUGUUGCUUCUGACUCUACAGAAGAAGCACAAGCUCUUCUUAGGUGGAAAGCCAGUUUUCAAAACCAUACUCAGCCUCUCUUGUCUUCAUGGUCCAUUCUCAAUUCAACCAACGUGAGUCAUUGUACUUGGUUCGGUGUCUCUUGCAACACUGCUGGAAGUAUCACUGUCAUUAACCUUACCAGUUGUGGCAUACUUGGUACGCUCUAUAACUUUUCAUUCUCAUCUUUUUCCAAUCUCUCAUCUUUUAAUCUUAGCAUGAAUGCAUUUCAUGGUUUCAUCCCUCCUGAACUCAAUCAUCUCUCCAACCUCAUCCACCUUGAUUUGUCGAGGAAUCAGUUUUCAGGGCAAAUCCCACCUACACUUGGCCAGCUAACUCAUCUGGAGACUCUUGUGCUCAAUGAUAAUCAACUAAACGGCUCAAUUCCUCAAGAAAUUGGUCAUGAGCUAAAGUCCCUCAUUGAGCUUCACCUGCACAAUAAUUUUCUAGGUGGAUCCAUUCCAACUUCUUUGGGUAAUAUGAGUCACCUGACUAAUUUGAAUCUCUACAAUAAUUCACUAUCUGGUUCCAUCCCACCAGAACUUGGUCAGCUCUCCAAGCUUGUCUACCUUGAUUUGUCAUUCAAUAGACUUUCUGGGUCAAUUCCACCAGCAAUUGGCUUGUUGACUAAUCUUAAGGCCCUUCAGUUACACCAAAAUCAGUUGUCAGGGCAAAUCCCACCUACACUCGGCCAGCUAACUAAUCUGGUGACUCUUUUGCUCAGAGAGAAUCAGUUGUCAGGGCAAAUCCCGCCUAUAUUUGGCAAGCUAACUUAUCUCGAGUCCCUUGCGCUCAGUACCAAUCAACUAAAUGGCUCAAUUCCUCAAGAAAUAGGUCAUGAGCUAAAGUCCCUUAAAGUGGUUCUCAUGGACAACAACUUUCUAGAUGGAUCCAUUCCAACUUCUUUUGGAAAUAUGAGUCAGUUGACUAAUUUGAAUCUCGCCAAUAAUUCACUAUCCGGUUCCAUCCCACCAGAACUUGGUCAGCUCUCCAAGCUUGUCAUCCUUCAGUUGUCAUUCAAUAGACUUUCCGGGUUAAUUCCACCUGGAAUUGGCUUGUUGACUAAUCUUACGGCUCUUCACAUACAAAACAAUCAGUUGUCAGGGCAAAUCCCAACUAUACUCGGCCAGCUAACUCAUCUUCAGUCUCUUGUGCUCAAUGUUAAUCAACUAGGUGGCACCAUUCCAACUUCUUUGGGUAAUAUGAGUAACUUGAGUACCUUGAAUCUCAACAGUAAUUCACUAUCCGGUUCCAUCCCACUAGAACUUGAUAAGCUCUCCAAGCUUGUCUACCUUGAUUUGUCAAUAAAUAGACUUUCGGGGUUAAUCCCACCUGGAAUUGGCUUGUUGACUCAAGUUCGGAUCCUUCAACUAAAUCGAAAUCAGCUAACUGGUUCCAUUCCAUGGGAAAUAGGAAAUAUGAGCUCUGUUUAUCAGCUAGAUGUGAGCAAUAAUCAACUCAAUGGUCAAAUUCCGACCUCAUUUGAUGGUCUAAGAGGUCUCUAUUAUCUUUACCUAUACAAUAACACUCUAUCUGGCACCAUUCCUAAAGAGAUUGGAAACUUGACAGGCCUUCUUCACUUGCAGUUGAGUAGUAAUCAACUUAGUGGUUCACUUCCAGCUUCCCUUGGAAAGUUGAGCAGGUUAGAGAGAUUGCAUCUCAGUCGAAGUUUAUAUUCUGGGUCCAUUCCUAUAGAAAUAGGAAACUUGACGAAGUUGACAUCUCUUGCUUUGUUUGACAACCUGCUCACUGGUCACUUACCAGAAAUUAUUUGUAGCGGUAGAUCACUCCAGCGUUUUAGCAUAAGCAACAACGAUUUGGUAAGCUCAGUACCCAAAGACAUUAGAAACUGCACAAGCUUGACUAGAGUUCGUCUUCAAGAAAACCAACUAGAAGGAAAUAUAGAUGCAGACUUUGGAGUCUAUCCAAACUUGAUCAUUAUUGAUAUAAGUCACAAUCGAUUUUCCGGAGAAAUCUCACCUAAAUGGGGUCUAUGCUCACAAUUAGACACUCUAUGGAUUGCCGGGAAUAACAUGAGCGGUAAGAUACCUCCAGAGAUUGGAAAUUGGACUCAGUUAUAUCGUCUUGAUUUUUCUAUGAAUCAUUUGGUUGGGAUGAUCCCAAGGGAGUUGGGAAAGUUGACUAAUUUGUUGAAUUUGAGUUUGAACGGCAAUCAUUUUUCUGGUGAUAUUCCUCAUGAGAUUGGAUCACUUACCAAUCUCCAGAUUCUCGACUUAUCGGGGAACAUAUUGAGUUCUAUGCCAGAUAGCAUUGGAGCUUUGUCCAAACUUCAUUACUUGAAUUUGAGCUGCAACAAAUUCAGCCAAAGGAUACCAAUUCCAAUUAGUGAAUUAGUUCACCUUUCUGAACUUGAUUUGAGUCAUAACUUGCUUAUCGGAGAAAUACCAGCACAAUUCAUCAAGUUGCAAGACCUGGUAACUCUAAAUCUCUCCUUCAAUAAUCUUUCGGGUCCUAUUCCACACAACAAAGCAUUUCAAAGUGCUCCGGCGGAAGCAUUCCAAGGAAACAAAGGAUUGUGUGGCAAUGUGAGUGGAUUGCAACCAUGUCAACUGUCACAUAAGGAAGAUAAACAUGGUACAACAAAGAGCCAUAAGAUUGUGUUUAUAGUUGUGUUUCCUCUCUUAGGAGCACUUGCUAUGGGCUUUGUGAUAAUUCUUGUGUUUUGUAAUUUCCAAAGACGAAGGAAGGGUGACCCUGAGAACGACAAGCAAUCAGUUACAUUAUCUAUUUUUGAUAGGGCAGUGAAAUUUGAAGAGAUCAUGGAAGCAACCAACAAUUUUGAUGUCACGUACUGCAUUGGGGAAGGGGGCCAUGGAACUAUCUAUAAAGCCAACCUUCCAUUAGGUGAUAUUGUAGCUGUCAAGAGAUUUCACUGUUUACUUGACAAUGGCACUUCAGCAGAUCAAAAAGAGUUUUUCAAUGAGGUCAAGGCAUUAACAGAGAUAAAGCAUCGGAAUAUUGUGAAACUCCAUGGCUUCUGCACACAUUCAAAAUACACAUUCUUAGUCUAUGAUUAUCUUCAGAGAGGUAGCCUGACCAAAAUUCUCAGCAAUGACGAGGAAGCGAAAGAAUUGGAUUGGUGUAGGAGGGUGAAUGUCAUCAAAGGUGUCUCGCACGCCUUGUCUUACAUGCACCAUGAUUUGUCACUGCCAAUCAUUCAUCGAGACAUAUCGAGCAAAAAUAUUUUGCUAGACCUGGACUAUGAAGCUCAUGUUUCUGACUUUGGCACCGCUAAGCUUCUCAGGUCAGAAUCAUCGAAUUGGUCAACACUAGCUGGAACACAUGGAUACAUUGCACCAGAGCUUGCUUAUACGAUGAAGGUGACUGAAAAGUGUGAUGUAUAUAGUUUUGGAGUGUUGACACUAGAAGUUCUGAAAGGGAGUCAUCCAGGUGAUAUCAUGUCAAGUGCAUCAUCUUCAUCUUCAUCUUCAUCUACUACUCUACAAAUUAAACUUAAUGAUUUGUUAGACCAACGCCUUUCACCUCCGCGGUACAAGGUUUUUGAUAAACUGAACCGCAUCAUGGAGGUGGCCGUUUCAUGCUUAGAUGUGAAUCCACAAUGUAGGCCGCCCAUGCAACUUGUUUCUAAGUUACUCUCCGACUGAAUAUUUGGAAGGUCAUCGUGGCUUGUGAAAGGUUUUACUUCUAUCUCGUAUUUCAUAUGCCAUAUGUUGCUACUUUCUUCAAUGUUAAUGAUUUUUCUUUCUUGUAUGAUAAAAGCCAUAGGUUGCUAUAUAUCCAUAUAUACAAGUGACUUUCAUUAUUUAAUGACACAUCUCAAUGCCUAUCUAGCAGUUCAUUAAUAGUGUCUUGGCAUAUGUACAAUAUAUGCAUUUGAGGAUGCAAUAAAUGUGCACCGUCUACCCAACAGAUACUAAGUUUUUUUGAGGACCCUAGAGUAUGGAUUGGAAAAAACAAAGCUUUUGUUUAAGCAUUUGUAGAAACUGUCAAGUUCGGGAGAGUGGAGUACUACCAUGAAUACUUUGUCAAGUCGGAGGGUGUCAACUGUCAAUAUAGAUUGAGGAGAAUUGGUUUGAAAUGGAUGUAUUGUUGUUGGUACUGAUUUUUACUGUUGGUUUGUGUUGAUUUGUGCUUGAAGCUGCUGAUGGAAACAAAGAAGAAACCUUACGCUCACUUAUUGAGAAGGUAAUUUGUGAAUGUAGUUAAUGAGGUAGAAUUGAUGUUUCAGCUUUCAGGUUAUAUAGUUUAAUUAUAUUUUUAGAUUCUUAUGACUUGUGCUUUGAAUCUCUGAACAGGUGGCUGCAGGAGGGUGAGGGUUUAUCAUGGCCUAAACUGAUGAACGCUAUGCAAACUUGAAUUUUGCCUUUUGGAAGUAUUGAAGUUUUGUUGUGUGGUUAAGAAAGCAAAUUACGAGAUUACUGGAAUAACAUGUAAGAACAUCUCCAAAUAGUAUUUGAGCAAUGAGUGAUGAGUGACUAUUUAAUUAAUAAAAUCGUAAAUUUACAUGUGAUGAACAAAAUAAUUGUAACUCCAUCAAUCCAUUUCAAGUGAAGUUAGAAGUCACUGUUAGCCUA